GUCCAUUGUAAAGUAUUCAUCUGUUUCUGCUCUGCUUUGGCUUCAUUUUCAACAACAAUUGGGAGGCAAUACCUGCCAUGCAAAACGCGAACGCGAAACAAAGUGGGGAGAACACAGAAGAAGACCUUCAGGUUCCAGUCGGACUGAAAAUUGAGUUCCUUGGAGCUUUAAAGGCCAAGGACCUCCAGCAGGCCAGAAGACUUUGCCAGAUGAUUCUCCUCUAUGAACCGCAGAACCCUGAAGCUCGCGAGUUCCUUCCUCUCAUUCAGAAGAAGCUGCUAGAAGAGCAGCACAGCAGCGAUAGUGAUAAUGAUGAGGAGGAUGACGACUCUGAAAGUGAUGGAGAACCAUCUGAGAGCCCAAACUCAUCUUUACCAUCAGAUGAGGAGCAGGAGAAGAAGAGCAAGUGAAGUGAUAGCGAGCUCCAAAACAUGCAUUAAUAUUAUUAAUAUUUGUAAAUAAUGUUUUACUGCCAUUGUCUUAACUAACAGACUAUACUUAUCUCAUUUCCUGUUAGCGUGCUUAGUCAUUUAUUUGGCGAAACAAACUUCCUUCCUUCCGUUAAAGAUGAUAAGGUUCAUUCAACACAAUACUAGACCACUCCGAAGUCCUCAGAAGUGGACUAGCUGGUGUGUUUUGGAUCAUUGUCCUGCUGAAGAACCCAAGUUGGUUUCACCGUGAGGUCACAAACAGAUUUGCCAGACAUUCUCCUUUAUCGGAAUUCAUGCUUCCAUUCAUCACAAGCAAGUCUUCCAGGUCCUGAAGCAGCAAAACAGCCCCAAGACCAUCACACUACCACCACUGUAUUUUACUUGCUAUGAUAUUUUUCUGAAAUCAGUUGGCUGGCCACUCCUGGGAUGAUCCAAGUUUUCAGAAUUUGUGGAUAAUGACUCUUGCUGUAGUUUGCUGGAGUCCCAAACCUUUAAAAAUGGCUUUAUUAAUUAAAUUUCAAUUCAUCUCAGCUAUGUUUUAAUGGGAGGCAUAACUUUAUCACACAUGGGCCAUGUAGGUUUGGAUUUCCCCUCAAUAAUAGUUUAUAAACUGCAUUUUGUGUUCAGUUGUGUUAUGAUUGACUCAUAUUUAAAUUUGGUUUAUGAUUUGAAACAUUUAAGUGUGACUAACAUGCAAAAAAAUAAAAAAUCAAGAAGCGGGAAAACACUUUUUUUACACAUAUACGUAGUAGUUUAUAUAUAUUCAUUCACUCAUUCAU